AUGACGUCACACUCUGACGUCGAACACCACGAAGAAUAAAUGAAAAGAGGAAGAAGUAGAAAAAACCCAAGACGACAACACUUCCAUCUUUUCUUCCGCUGCUUUUGGACUCGGAGCGAACCUUUUAGAAGACAGCCAGCACCACUUUGGACUCGAAGGCACCCGCUGACCGACAAUGGCUGUGAACGUCUACUCCACCUCAGUGACCAGCGACAACUUGAGUCGCCAUGACAUGCUGGUGUGGAUCAAUGAUUCCCUGCAGAUGAACCUCAACAAGAUCGAGAUGUUGUGCUCAGGUGCUGCCUACUGCCAGUUCAUGGACUUGCUGUUCCCGGGCUCGCUGCCUCUGAAGAGAGUCAAGUUUGGCGCCAAGCUGGAGCACGAGUACAUUCACAACUACAAGCUCCUGCAGAUUGCCUUCAAGAAGAUGGGCGUGGACAAAAUCAUCCCCGUGGACAAACUGGUGAAGGGCAAGUUCCAAGACAACUUUGAGUUUGUGCAGUGGUUCAAGAAGUUGUUUGACGCCAACUACGAAGAGCGGGAUUACGACCCGGUGGAGGCCAGGCAGGGCCAGGACGCCGCACCCGCUUCCAACGCCUCCAUGUCUGCGUUCAACAAAGCCCCGAAGAAGGCCAUCAGUCAGGCUCCUCAGAGGCCGCCCGUCGCCAAGGUAGCGCCCAAAGUGUCCACCGUCAGCGCCAGGAAGUCUGGAGGCGCAGGAGUUGAUGACGAGAGGGCGGAGCUCAUGAACGAGGUGGAUGGCUUGAAGUGCACCAUCCAGGACAUGGAGAAGGAGAGAGACUUUUAUUUUGGCAAGCUGAGGAACAUCGAGUUGAUUUGCCAGGAGAACGAAGGCCAAGGCGACCCCACGCUGCAGAAGAUUGUGGAAAUCCUCUACGCCACAGACGAGGGUUUUGAGAUCCCGGAUUCUGAAGAGCAGGAGGAGUUUUAGCAUUGAAGCAGUUACCCCCCCCGCCCCUCCAUGCCCUGUCCCCUCCCCCAACCACCACCACCACCGAGUCCACCUGCCGGGCUCAAAGUCUUCUGUGGGCAAAGCCUCGGCCGCCGGCCUCUUCUUCCUGUCAGCCCCGCCUCCAGGAAGUAUGUGUUGGUAUGAGACAGGAGUGUGUGUGUGCAUGCAUGUACUGUACUUUUUUUUUUUAGCAAUCUAAGACUUCAACGUGUCCCAAACUAAGUCCAA